UUUAUACGUUGCAAAGAAAACAUUUUCACGUGUUGAGUUUGAAUUUUUUUGUUAAAUUUUGAAAAAAUCUUUUUUGUCAUCAAACAAAUAUCGAAAAAAUGUUUUCCGGUGGUAGAAAAAUGGAACGAUUUUCCAAUCCAUCAGCAUCAUCAUCAGCGGCUGCGGCGGCAGCAACCCAAUCAAUGCCAUCAAUGAUGAAUGAUUCAAUAAAUUUAGAUGACCCAUAUUCAUUAAAAUUAGAACGUUUAGAUAUUCUAAAUAUGGAUGAUUCGAAUCCGUUUAUGCAACAAAUUAUUGAACAACGUAAAAAUCUUCUGGAUGAUUCCCGGAUAAUGAUACGAUUAUUAGGUUUGGAUCAUUUUAUCGAUAAUGAUGAUGAUGAUGAUGAACGAUUAAGAAGGAAAAAAAUGAAAGCAAAAAAAUUGGCCGAAAAAAAGAAAAAGACUGCCACCGUUGUUCGACGACGAUAUAACAUCGAUGAUGAUGAUGAUAAUGAUCAACCAGUAUUAGUGGGCGAUAUAAUGGAACGUGAUCCAUUGGAUAAUAACAAAAUAAAAACUCACGAUGAAAGAAUCGAUAAAAAUGAUGAUGACGAUGACGACGAUGAUGAUGAUAAUGAUGAAGAAAUUCUAAAUAAUGAUUCCAUGGAAGAAGAUAACGAUUAUAUGGAAACAUAUUUUGAUAAUGGUGAAGAUUUUAUUGAUUAGAAUUGCAAUUGAUAAAUAUAUAAAUAUUGUU